AGCUGAACGCUUCAAACGGAGUUGCUCCGGGCAAACCUGAGCAGACGCACGUCAGGCAGACACGACAGACACACCAAAGAACGGUUGUGGACGAUAAAAAUGAAAAGGAAUCACGAUUUUAGCUCCUCGGACAGCGAGCUGGACGAGACUGUUGAGGUGGAGAAGGAGAGCGCAGAUGAGAAUGGGAACAUGAGCUCUCCUCUCGGCUCCAUGUCUCCUACAACAUCAACUCAGGUGCAGGCGAGGAAAAGGCGUCGAGGAAUAAUUGAGAAACGUCGUCGUGACAGGAUCAACAACAGUCUGAGCGAGCUCCGCAGGCUGGUUCCCAGCGCCUAUGAGAAACAGGGCUCAGCUAAACUGGAGAAAGCAGAGAUUUUGCAGAUGACUGUGGAUCAUCUGAAGAUGCUUCACGCAGCUGGAGGCAAAGGUUACUUUGACGCCCACGCCCUUGCGAUGGACUACCGAGGUCUGGGUUUCAGGGAGUGCCUGGCUGAGACGGCCCGCUACUUGAGCAUAGUUGAAGGCCUGGACAGCACAGACCCUCUGCGGGUCCGUCUGGUCUCUCACCUGAACAACUACGCCAGUCAGAGAGAGGCUCACUCUGGCCUGAGUCACCUGGCAUGGGGCUCUGCGUUUGGAUCCCCUCCUGCCCACCUGACCCACCCACUCCUCCUCCAGCACCAACAGGGGGCACCUUUAUCCCGCAGCACCACCAGCAGCCCACAAACACCUCUACCAUCUACAACCACUUCAUCUGCAUCUUCCUCCUCUUCAUCGUCACCGUCCUCAUCCGUUGCAGAGACUCAUGUCCCAGGCAGGCGUAGCAGCAGCGCCACCCCACACUCAGAUCAAGGCCCGAUCCGGGUCCCUCCCACCACUGCUGCUCCUACCACUGUCCUGCACCCUGCUUUGGUCCCCUCAUCAACAUCCAAG